AUGUUCUUCGGACUAAUGCCCCUCAUCAAAUUUUCAAUCCUCCUAAUCAACGCCAUCGCCAUCCUCUCCGAAGACCGUUUCCUCGCCCGAAUUGGCUGGGCCGGCUCCUCCGCCUACGCGAACCCAGUGUCGCCGGACCCGCACAGCUUCGGCAUGCAGAUGCCGCAGGACAACCAGAGCAUCAAGUUCAAGCUCAUCAACCUGAUCAGCUCCACGCGGACGCUGAUGCGGAUACCGUUAAUCGGGAUCAACACGCUACUAAUCAUCUACGAGAUGCUAUUCGGCUAG